UUAAUGACUGGCUUUGUCAGAGAAAAUUUGUCAUGUUCUGCCAGUUUUUGGGAUAAUUCAGAAACAUCUAUCCAGGCAACAUGCUAAAUGCUAUCAACUGAGUCACAUCAAAAACUAAUUCUACACACAGGAUUUCCACACACUUCCAUCUUAUUUUUUUUUAAUCUUUUUAAUGCGAUGACUUCAUUCUGGAUGUUCAAUGUAACAUUGAUUUACUUUAAAGACUGUGUUUAUGGGAAAAGAGAGGAAUUUGGGUUUGGUAGUACCCUGUCUAGCACUUUAUGAAGUCCCUUGACAAUAUUUUCUCAGAUGGACUAAGUUAGGAUCUGGAGGAGUGGUGCUCACCUGAGAUGCUGAAGACCCACAUUGGCAUGCCUCUUGCCUCACUUGAGACACCUAAAGGUUAGACAUCCAGGUCCGAACUAGUCACCUUGGGCUGCCUUUGUCAUUAAUGGAAAGAAAUAGGUAUGCCAGAAGAGUAAGCCAUUUAUCUUAGAAACCUCUCUUCUAGGAAGACACAUUAUGUUCUGGAGGAACCUACAUCUCUCCCUUGGUGAUAAAGAGGGGCUUAAGAUAACGGACUCCAGUUUAAACAACUAACUUUUUUGAUAUCUGAAGUUAGACAAAAUUAUUUUCAUUCUUGGUUACCAUUCUUUCAGGUUAAAAUGCUACCAAGAAAGGUUGUCUUGGAUUCACUGUGGAGAGAUACAAAUUGGCCAUGGCACACAAGAAACCUUUUCAGAGACAAGUUUGUUUAGUUCAAAUUCACACAAAAGGGGAAGUAAGAUCAGUGCCUUCACUCAGUAUCUGUGCUUUCCACCUUUCUUUCGAGAAACAGUCUUUAAUCAUUUAAUUCAGUUUUAAGCCACUAUGAAGGUUGAUUAAAAUAAUAAGCUUUCAUACAAGUUUUAUACUUGGAUGACUCAAAGGGAAUAAGAUCAUACUCAGGGAACAAGCUAUGAUUGUCAGGUUAUUGGAGGUUCAGAUCCUGAGGUCUUUAUCUAAGUCUAACAUCUUUUGGUUUUCAUGAAGCCAGAACAGCAUCUCUGGUUUCAUGAGCACAAACCACUUAUUAGCUCAGAUUAAUAAAGAGAAAAUAUGGGUACAGUUCUAGUUUAUAAAGAGCUAAGACUAAUUCACAGAAAUCUAAGCUCAAACUCUCUCUAGCUCUCUAAGUGUGUGCUUCCGACUUCUGAUGGGUUGCAGAUAAGCAGUAAUUGUCUUCUUCAGUGUGGGAGGUUAAACAAAGCAAGAGUAAAAUUAAUCAUUAUCAAAAUUAAACAUAAAGGAGGGAGAAGGCUCAAAUGUGAGCAUUUGAGUGGGGUUGUCUAGUUUAGAGCUGGGUACGUUUGCAAAUCCCUGUUCCCUCCCUCUACUAUGCCUUGUCAAAUAUAUAACAUUUGCUCCAGCAACAAAAUAUUUAAGUGAAUGCGUUUGUCCCAACAAAUCAAUUAAAACUAAACAUCUGAUUUUUGUAAAGCUUUAGGAAGAUUUCUGCAAACAUGGCAUCUGAACGCACCAACAAUUUUACUGCUCUGCCAGGCCAUGCAGACCCUUUGACAAGCUGCAAGGAUGAAGAUUUCUUACAAGUAAAAUUCUACCUUUGUGUCAUUUAUGGCCUGAUCUUCCUGGUGUGCUUCCCAGGGAACAUUGCGACAAUUUCUGUUUACUUUUUCAAGAUGAGGCCCUGGAAAAGCAGCACCAUCUUUAUGUUAAAUGUGGCUAUUACUGACUUAUUAUAUAUAGCCACACUUCCUUUCUUUAUACACUACUCUGUUAAUGGAAAUAACUGGGUAUUUGGAGACUUAAUGUGCAAGUUUAUUCACUUUUGUUUCUACUUCAACAUGUACAGUGGUAUUAUCUUCCUCAGCUCCUUCAGCCUCUUCCGCUUUUUUGUAGUUGUCUAUCCAAUUAAAUGCCUUUGUGUUCAAAACCGGAGAUGGGCAGUGGUGACUUGCAUAGUAAUUUGGAUUAUUUCCCUGGUGGCCAUCAGCCCCUUGUGCAUCUUGGUUGCCACGAGGGAUACACAGAAUAGGACGAUAUGCCCAGACCUGGCUACUGCUGAGGACCUUGACACUAGUCAGUUGUAUAACUGGCUGCUGACCACAUUUGCCUUCUUCUUGCCCAUGCUGAUGGUCACUUUUUGCUACGUGUUUAUUAUUUACACCUUGUCAACUGGGCCCCAGACACAGGCUUCCUACAAACAAAAGGCCCGCAGACUCGCCAUCGUCCUCUUGGUGGUCUUCUAUGUGUGCUUCCUCCCCUUGCACAUCUUUCGAGAGCUUCAGCUGGAUCUGCGAGUACGACCAGUCAGCUGCCACUUGAAGAACAAGAUCCUUCUUAUGUUUACUAUAGCUAAACCUUUAGCAGCAUUAAAUACUUUUGGAAAUUUACUGCUCUAUGUAGUGACGGGAGACAACUUCCAGCAGGCAAUCCUCUCACUCCUCAAGUUUCGGACAAACAAGAGCCUGAAGUAGAAGAGAUUGAUGCUAUCAAAGAGUUAUGGAAGAAGGGUCCAAACUCACCUUCAAACAGCCAGGCACAACCUC